CAUCCGAAGAGCACGUGAAUGCAGCACUCUUCAACUACCAGUCAGGGCAGUUAUAUUUCAGAGGGAGGAAGACGCUGGAGUUGUUGCUGUUGGUGCCAGUUGUACGAGCUAGCAUAUAGUGACCUGUAGCCUUUUUUAGUAUUUGCAAUAUGAAGAAUGGAAGAAGACGAUGUUACUAUCAGAGAGCAGAAUUUCCACAGCCAAGUUCGAGAAUACAUCAUUUGCUUUCUCCUGUUUGCAGUCCUCUACAUUGUGUCCUACUGCAUUAUAACCAGAUACAAGAGGAAGAGUGAUGACCAUGAGGAUGAAGAUGCGGUCGUCAAUAGAAUAUCAUUGUACUUGUGCACCUUCACCCUGGCAGUGUCAGGUGGUGCCGUCUUCCUACUGCCUUUCUCAAUCAUUAGUAACGAGAUCCUCCUCUCCUUCCCCAAAAACUAUUACAUUCAGUGGCUCAAUGGCUCCCUCAUUCACGGUCUGUGGAACCUGGUGUCACUGUUCUCCAACCUUUGCCUCUUUGUCCUGAUGCCCUUUGCCUACUUCUUCUUGGAGUCUGAGGGAUUUGCAGGAUCUAAAAAGGGCAUCAGGGCACGUAUUUUAGAGACCUUUGUGAUGCUCUUCCUGCUGGCUUUGCUCAUCCUGGGCAUUGUGUGGGUGGCAUCAGCGCUCAUUGACAAUGAUGCAGCCAGUAUGGAGUCACUCUACGAUCUUUGGGAAUUUUACCUUCCAUACCUCUACUCCUGUAUAUCUCUGAUGGGAGGACUGCUUUUACUCAUGUGUACUCCUGUGGGAUUGUCCAGAAUGUUCACCAUCAUGGGCCAGUUACUAGUGAAGCCAACAAUCCUGGAGGACCUGGAUGAGCAGAUUUACUGCAUCCAUUUGCAGGAGGAAGCCCUUCAGAGGAGAUUAAACGGAUCGUCCUCACACACUUAUACUCGAGGGAGCUUUACUCACCAGCUAAACAAAGAACUUGACAAUUUUCGAAAUCAGAGAAAUAAAUUAGAGAGAAGAAAGAAAGCAUCAGGUUGGGAGAAGAACUUGUUGUAUCCCAUGGUGAUGCUGAUCCUGCUCGCAGGAACGACAAUCUCAGUUAUUAUGGUGGUAUUGAAUAUCCUCUACCUUCUAGUGGAUGAGACUGCCAUGCCCAAGGGAUCCACAGACCGAGGCAUUGGGAACACCUCUCUGUCCACAUUUGGCGUGGCUCAGGCAGUGCUGGAGAUCAUCCUCAUGUUCUACUUGAUGGUGUCCUCUGUCGUCGGCUUCUACAGCCUGAGAGUCUUUGAGGGACUCACUCCCAGGAACGAUGACACAACCAUGACAACGAUCAUUGGUUGCUGUGUGUCCAUCUUGGUCCUGAGUUCAGCCCUGCCGGUGAUGUCCAGAACUCUAGGUAUCACCAGAUUUGAUCUCUUGGGAGACUUUGGGAGAUUUAAUUGGCUGGGAAACUUUUACAUUGUCCUUUCAUACAACCUGCUCUUUGCGGUCGUGACAACACUCUGUCUUGUGAGAAAAUUCACGUCAGCGAUGCGGGAAGAGCUUCUAAAGGCAUUAGGUCUGGAUAAAUUGCAACUGUCAAACAGCCCCACGGACCCUGAAUCUGGGAAGCUCUCGGCAAACGGGCAUCAGAAAACUCUGUGAAAGGGACGAUAGACAGACACACAGACACACACACAGACACUACGACAGUACUGCUGAAAGGUGAAAGGGAUUGGAAGGAACUUAAUAAACCCAGGCAGUGUCUGACGGAUGCUGCAAAUGGAGGCUGAGAGCAAUUUAGCUUCGUGACAUUCCAUCCUCUGCGUCUCGGAUGGAAGCUGGGACAAAGCCAGGGAUGAGACUGAGGAGUGAAAUAGACUGGCAUCACUGCAGUGACCUUGAUGUUGAC